CUCGAGAACAUUGAAAAGAUUAACCACAACACCAGCCUUUUCCGUUUCGCUCUUCCCGAAGCUGAGCAGCACGCCGGUCUUCCUGUCGCCUCUUGCGUGAUUACCCGUUACCCAAUCACCAAGAAGGAUGGCUCGACUGGUUACGUUAUCCGCCCCUACACCCCCACUUCUCCUGAAGAGGCCAGGGGUUAUGUUGACUUUAUUGUCAAGUCUUACCCUGACGGUAAGAUGAGCAAGCACAUCCAUAACCUCAAGGUUGGUGAGACUCUUGACGUCAAGGGUCCUAUUCCCAAGUACAACUGGGAAGGCAGCACUAUCCAGAACGUUGGCAUGAUUGCCGGUGGUACUGGUAUUACUCCCAUGCUCCAAAUUAUCCGCAAGGUAUUCAGUGACAAAUCUACUGAUGACAAGACCAAGGUUACUCUGGUAUUUGCCAACCAGACCGAGGACGACAUCUUGCUCAAGGACGAGCUCGACAAGUACGCUGCCCAAUACCCUAACCGCUUCAAGGUUGUCUACGUUCUCGACAAGCCACAGCAGGCCAACUGGGAGGGAGUCAAGGGUUUCGUCACCCCAGAGCUGAUCAAGGAGCACCUGCCUACCCCCGAGACUGAGUCAAGCAUUGUCUUUGUCUGUGGUCCCGACCCCAUGGUUGCUGCCUUGGCUGGUCCCAAGGCUAAAGACAAGAGCCAGGGUGAAGUCUCUGGUGUAUUGAAAGCACUUGGCUAUGGUUCCGAGAACGUUUACAAGUUCUAA